AUGCCUACAUAUAAAUUAACGUAUUUUCCAAAUAAAGGUCUUGCCGAACCCAUUAGAUUUCUUUUCAAUUAUGCUAAUAUCGACUUUGUCGAUGUGCGCUUAAAGGACGAUGAAUGGCUACAGCUUAAGCCUUCUACUUUAUUUGGUCAAAUUCCGAUACUGGAAGUAGAUGGUAAAAAAAUUAAUCAGUCGACUGCAAUAUGUCGUUAUUUGGCAAAGCAAUUUGGCCUUACUGGAAAAAAUGAUUGGGAAAAUCUUGAAAUUGAUGCCACUGUCGAUACUAUUAAUGAUUUGCGCAUAAUGAUAAGCACUACUCAUCGCGAAACGAAUCCUGAAGUAAAAGCCCAAAAGGAUAAAGCGGCUGGAAUCGCCAUUCCGUUUUUCAUGAAUAGAUUAGAUGAGCAAGUAAGCGUGAAUGGCGGCUUCUUCGUGGGUGGAAAACUUACCUGGGUGGAUAUCGUUUUUGCUGCACUUCUGGACACACUAAAUUUUAGAGCAGGCUUUGACAUUAUUGAGAAGAAGGAAAAUCUAAAGAAGCUAGUUGAGUUUGUGUUCAAACAACCAAAUAUCAAGAUUUGGCUGUUGAAACGACCAAGGACCGAUUAUUAGAGUUUUAAAAAAUCUUAGCUUAGAUUCUUAGGAUUUAAAAAGUAGCAUUCGAAUGAAAAUAUU